AUGGGCUACGCCAGGAAAGUAGGCUGGGUGACUGCGGGACUGGUGAUUGGGGCUGGUGCCUGCUAUUGCAUUUAUAGACUGACCAGAGGAAGAAAACAGAACAAGGAGAAAAUGGCUGAGGGUGGGUCUGGGGAUGUGGAUGAUGUUGGCGAUUGUCCUGGGGCCAGGUACAAUGACUGGUCUGAUGAUGAUGAUGACAGCAGUGAGAACAAAGGUAUAGUAUGGUACCCACCUUGGGCCCGGAUUGGGACUGAGGCUGGAACCAGAGCUAGGGCCAGGGCAAGGGCCAGGGCCACCCGGGCUCGUCGAGCUGUCCAGAAAAGGGCUUCCCCCAAUUCAGAUGAUACUAUUUUGUCCCCUCAAGAGCUGCAGAAAGUUCUUUGCUUGGUUGAGAUGUCUGAAAAGCCUUAUAUUCUUGAAGCAGCUUUAAUUGCUCUGGGUAACAAUGCUGCUUAUGCAUUUAACAGAGAUAUUAUUCGUGAUCUGGGUGGUCUCCCAAUUGUUGCAAAGAUUCUCAAUACUCGGGAUCCCAUAGUUAAGGAAAAGGCUUUAAUUGUCCUAAAUAACUUGAGUGUGAAUGCUGAAAAUCAGCGCAGGCUUAAGAUAUACAUGAAUCAAGUCUGUGAUGACACAAUCACUUCUCGAUUGAACUCAUCUGUGCAGCUGGCAGGACUAAGAUUGCUCACGAACAUGACUGUUACUAAUGAGUAUCAGCACAUGCUUGCUAAUUCCAUUUCAGACUUUUUCCGUCUAUUUUCAGCAGGAAAUGAAGAAACCAAAUUUCAGGUUUUGAAACUCCUUUUGAAUUUGGCUGAAAAUCCAGCCAUGACUAGAGAACUGCUCGGGGCCCAAGUACCAUCCUCGCUGGGUUCCCUCUUUAAUAAGAAGGAGAACAAAGAGGUGAUUCUUAAACUUCUGGUCAUAUUCGAGAACAUAAAUGACAAUUUUAAAUGGGAGGAAAAUGAAUCUACUCAGAAUCAAUUCGGUGAAGGUUCACUUUUUUUCUUUUUAAAAGAAUUUCAGGUGUGUGCUGAUAAGAUUCUGGGGCUAGAAAGUCAUCAUGAUUUUUUGGUAAAAGUGAAAGUUGGAAAAUUCGUGGCCAAACUGGCUGAGAAUAUGUUCCCAAAGAGCCAGAAAUAA